UUCGACGCUGUACUGGGAGCGAGGAGGCUGUGGUGAGAGACGGACCGAGACCGGAGAUGUUUUCAAGCCCGGUCCCGACGGCGUUAGUGGCGGUUGCAGCGGCGACGAAGACAACGACAGCGACAGUCACGCGAAGUCAGUCGUUCAGGGGGUAAACCCUCCUGCGCCCGCCGUGCCUCGGGUUCGUGCGGGCGAGGGGGGCGUGGCGACAGGAGAGGAGGAAGGAGGGGCGCGGUUUCGAGCCUGUCCCCGGCGCCUGGGAGGAGACCCUUCGGUUCCGCGCUGCUCCCGUCUCCCCUCCCCCGAGCAAGAUCCAGGAUGAGAAGACUGAUAAAAGAAGAAGCUAGCUGAACAGCUAUAAAAUGCCCAAAUCUGGAUUCGCAAAACCAGUUCAGAGUGAAAAUUCUGACAGUGACAGCAAUAUGGUAGAGAAACCAUAUGGAAGAAAGAGUAAAGACAAGAUUGCGUCCUACAGCAAAACUCCCAAAAUUGACCGAAGUGAUGUUGGCAAAGAGAUGAAAGAGAAAUCAUCCAUGAAACGUAAACUUCCUUUUACUAUUAGCCCAUCACGAAAUGAAGAACGAGAUUCAGACACAGAUUCAGACCCAGGACAUACAAGUGAAAAUUGGGGGGAGAGACUUAUAUCUUCUUACAGGACAUAUUCAGAGAAAGAAGGUCCAGAAAAGAAGAAAACAAAAAAGGAAGCUGGAAAUAAGAAAUCCACACCAGUUAGCAUUCUUUUUGGUUAUCCACUCUCUGAACGAAAGCAGAUGGCACUUCUCAUGCAGAUGACAGCAAGAGACAACAGUCCAGAUUCCACACCAAAUCAUCCAUCACAAACAACACCAGCCCAAAAGAAAACUCCCAGUUCUUCAUCUCGACAAAAAGAUAAAGUUAAUAAAAGGAAUGAACGUGGUGAAACUCCUUUACACAUGGCAGCUAUUCGAGGAGAUGUGAAACAAGUCAAAGAAUUAAUAAGUUUAGGGGCAAAUGUGAAUGUGAAAGAUUUUGCAGGUUGGACACCACUUCAUGAAGCUUGCAAUGUUGGAUAUUAUGAUGUUGCUAAGAUACUUAUAGCAGCUGGAGCAGAUGUUAACACACAAGGAUUAGAUGAUGACACUCCACUCCAUGAUUCUGCUAGUAGUGGACACAGAGAUAUAGUGAAACUGUUGCUUCGUCAUGGUGGAAACCCAUUUCAAGCUAAUAAACAUGGGGAGCGCCCAGUGGAUGUAGCAGAAACAGAGGAAUUGGAGUUAUUGCUAAAAAGAGAGGUGCCUUUGUCUGAUGAUGAUGAAAGUUAUACAGAAAUGCGUAGACUUAUAAUCCAAACCCUUCAAGGUACAGGAUAUCUCCACACUCCGGAAAGUUCCCUCAUGCCCCUUCCAGAUUCUGAAGAGGCUCAGUCUGUCAAUCCUUCUAGUGUUGAUGAAAAUAUUGACUCUGAAACAGAGAAGGACUCUCUCAUCUGUGAAAGUAAACAGAUUCUUCCCAGUAAAGCACCUCUUCCAUCUGCCCUCGAUGAGUAUGAGUUCAAAGAUGAUGAUGAUGAAGAAAUAAAUAAAAUGAUUGAUGAUAGGCAUAUUCUUAGGAAAGAACAACGAAAAGAGAAUGAAUCUGAAGCAGAAAAAAGUAGUUUAUUUGCAAAACAAGAGAAAUCCUUCUAUUCUAAAUCAUUUAAAAGUAAAAAACAAAAGUCAUCUAGGGUUCUUUAUUCAAGUACUGAAAGUUCUGAUGAAGAAGUUCUUCAAAACAAAAAGGUUUCUACUGCAUGUUCUAUUCCUGAAACAACAAAUUCUGAUAUACAAAACAAAAAAGAAUAUGAAUAUAAACAGAAAGGCAAAGUUAAAAGAAAGUUAAAAAACCAGAACAAAAAUAAAGAAAACCAAGAGUUAAAGCAAGAAAAAGAGGGAAAAGAAAAUACCAGAGUUUCAAACUUGACAGUUACAACCGCACUAGAUUGUUCAGAAAAGACCAGAGAGGAGGGGAAUUUUAGGAAAUCUUUUAGUCCAAAAGAUGAUACUUCAUUACAUUUAUUUCAUAUUUCCACUGGUAAAUCUCCCAAACAUUCUUGUGGAUUGAGUGAAAAACAGUCAACACCACUGAAACAAGAACAUACUAAAACAUGUUUAUCACCAGGAAGCUCUGAAAUGUCACUACAGCCUGAUCUUGUUCGGUAUGAAAAUACAGAAACUGAAUUCUUGCCUGAAAGUUCAUGUGUAAAAUCUUACAAGCAUAAGGAAAAAAACAAACAUCAGAAAGAUUUUCACUUAGAAUUUGGUGAAAAAUCAAAUACCAAAAUGAAGGAUGAAGAUCAUAGUCCAACAUUUGAAAAUUCUGAUUGCACACUGAAAAAAAUGGAUAAAGAGGGCAAAACACUGAAAAAACAUAAGUUGAAACAUAAAGAGCGAGAAAAAGAAAAGCACAAAAAAGAAAUUGAAGGUGAAAAGGAAAAAUAUAAAAAUAAGGAUGGUGCUAAGGAACUGCAGAGGAGUGUGGAAUUUGAUAGAGAAUUUUGGAAAGAGAAUUUUUUUAAAAGUGAUGAAACUGAAGAUCUUUUUUUAAAUAUGGAGCAUGAGUCCUUAACAUUAGAAAAGAAAUCAAAAUUGGAAAAAAUAAAAGAUGAUAAACCAACUAAGGAAAAGCAUACCUCAAAAGAGAGGAACUUUAAAGAAGAAAGGGAAAAGAUUAAAAAGGAAAGUGAGAAAUCUUUUAGGGAAGACAAGAUAAAAGAAGAAAGAGAAAAUGUACCUACAGAUAAAGAAACAGAAUUCGGUUCUUCAUGUUUAAGUGUAAAUGAGGAAUCUCUAGGGCUGCAUUCAACAGAAAAGGAAAUAGACAUUGAAAAACAAGAAAAGCAUAUAAGAGAAAGUAAGGAAAAAUCUGAGAAACGAUUUCCAACUAAAGAAAAAGAUGUUGAAAAGAUGGAAAGAAAAAAUUCUGAAAAAGAGAAGAAGAUAAAGCAUGAGCAUAAGUCAGAAAAAGACAAAUUAGAUUUUAGUGAAUGUGUUGAGAGAACAAAAGAAAAGGACAAGCUAUAUUCACAUCACACAGAAAAAUGCUAUAAAGAAGGUGAGAAGAUCAAAAAUAGUACUACUAAAAAAACUGAUGACAGAGAAAAAAGUAGAGAAAAGAUGGAUAGAAAACAUGACAAAGAAAAAAGUGAAAAAGAGAGACAUUUAGCAGAAAGCAAAGAAAAGCACUUGGAAAAAAGAAAUAAACAAUCAGAUAACAGUGAGUAUGCUAAAUCAGAAAAAGGCAGAAGUAAAGACAAAGACAGGGAAGUAGAUAAAAAGGAAAAGUCCAGAGAUAAAGAAAGUAUAAAUAUUACUAACUCCAAACACUUACAGGAAGAGAAAAAAUCAAGUACAGUAGACAGUAGUAGUAAAGCACAACAUGAGAAAACUUUAUCCCUUAAAGAGAAAACAAAAGAUGAACCUUUGAAAACUCCCGAUGGAAAAGAAAAAGAUAAAAAAGAUAGAGAUAUAGAUAGAUACAAAGAACGAGACAAACAUAAAGAUAAAAUUCAACUAAAUAGUUUACUCAAACUAAAAUCCGAAACAGAUAAGUCUAAAUCUAAGACCUCACCAGCAUCAAAAGAUAUUCGACCUAAAGAAAAGAGGUUAGUGAAUGAUGAUUUAAUGCAGACAAGUUUUGAGCGAAUGCUAAGCCUUAAAGACUUAGAAAUAGAACAGUGGCAUAAAAAACAUAAGGAAAAAAUUAAGCAAAAAGAAAAGGAACGGUUAAGAAAUCGUAAUUGCUUAGAACUUAAAGUAAAAGAUAAAGAAAAAGCAAAACAUGCCCUAGUUGAGUCCAAAAAUAAAGAGCUUACUAGGUCAAAGAGUUCAGAACUGGCUGAUGCUUAUGCCAAGGAGAAGCAGUCUAAAGAUGCUGUAAGUAAUAGAUCACAAUCUGUUGACACCAAAAACGUAAUUUCUUUAGGGAAGUCAUCUUUUGUUUCAGACAGUAGCUUAAACAGGUCUCCUAGAUCAGAAAACGAAAAGCCAGGUCUCAGCUCCAGAUCUGUAUCCAUGAUUUCUGUUGCUAGUUCAGAAGAUUCCUGCCAUACUACCGUGACAACUCCACGGCCGCUGGUUGAAUAUGACUCUGACUUUAUGUUAGAGGGUUCUGAGUCCCAAAUGUCAUUUUCCCAGUCGCCAUUUUUGCCAAUUGCCAAAUCUCCAGCUCUUCAUGAAAGGGAGUCGGACAGCCUUGCUGAAUUGCCAGAACGGAUUAAGCCACCAUAUGCAAAUAGACUUCCAGUAUCCCAUCUCAGGUCAUCUUCUGUAGAAGAUGUUAAACUAGUUAUAAAUGAGGGGAGACCUAUUGUAGAAGUUCGAAGAUGUAGCAUGCCAUCUGUCAUUUGUGAACAUACAAAACAAUUCCAAACAGUAUCAGAAGAAAGCAAUCAAGGUAGCUUAUUAGCUGUGCCAAGAGAUAUUUGCCCUUCUCCCAAACCUGAGUUAUCCUCAAAUGUGCCUGAAAGAGAUCUCUCAAGUGUGUCUAACAUACAUUCCAGUUUUGUGGCCUCUCCAACUAGGUCUUUAAACAGCAGAUAUAUUCCAGCUGAUGUAAAUGUAAUCAAGAAUACUGCUCCAGUGGGUGCCAUGGACAGUCCUGUGCAUGUAGAACCAUCUAAUCAAGUUGGUGUGAUCCAGAGUAAAUCAUGGGAGAUACCUGUUGAUAGACUGGAGUCACUAAGUACUAGUGACUUUAUCUGCGCAAAUACUAGUAUACCUGAUCAAGAGUCCUCUAUUCAGGGUUUUUGCAAUUCAGAAAACAAAUUAUUGAAAGAACAUCCUACUGAUUUUUUAUCUCUCCACCAGACUGAACUGCAAGGAAACUCUUGUGCUCAGGAUUCACCAUCCUUUCUUCCUUUACAGCAACCUUGUUCUUUCCCCAAUCAGUCACUUUCAGAUGCUGAAUCUGUCUCCAAACACGUAUCUUUGUCAUAUGUUGCCAAUCAAGAGCCCAGUAUUUUACAACAGAAAAAUGCUAUACAAAUGAUCAGUUCUGUUUUAGAUACUGAUAACGAAUCUGCAAAAGAUACGGAAAAUACUUUCGUCCUAGCAGAUGUCCCAGUGUACUCUGAAAGCACUAGUCAAGAAUCAUCACCAAAUUUUGAGAAAGCUAACAGUUUGCCUGUAUUACCAUCAGAAAAAGACUUUAAUGGAAGUGAUGCCUCCUCCCAACUAAAUACACAUUAUGCAUUUAGUAAGCUAACCUAUAAAUCUUCCAGUGGCCAUGAAGUUGAGAACAGCACAACUGACAUUCAGGUUAUUUCACAUGAAAAAGAAAACAAACUGGAGAGUUUGGUUUUAACUCAUUUGAAUAAGUGUGAUUCUGAUUUAUGUGAAAUGAAUGUAGGGAUGCCAAAAGGAAACCUAAAUGAGCAAGAUAAUCCAAAACAUUGUCCUGAAAGUGAAAAGUGUUUGCUUUCCAUUGAAGAUGAUGAAUCUCAACACAGCACUUUAUCAAGUCUGGAAAACCACUCGCAGCAGUCAGCUCAGCCAGAAAUGCAUAAAUAUGGUCAGUUAGUUAAAGUAGAAUUAGAAGAAAAUGCUGAAGAUGAUAAAACUGAAAACCAAAUCCCUCAAAGAAUGACUAGAAACAAAACAAAUACAGUGGCAAAUCAAAGCAAACAGCUUCUUUCUAGCUGUGCACUAUUACCAGAAAAAGACAGUGAAUCUUCAUCUCCUAGGGGAAGAAUAAGAUUAACUGAAGAUGAUGAUCCUCAGAUUCACCAUCCACGGAAAAGGAAAGUGUCCCGUGUACCUCAGCCUGUACAAGUGAGUCCUUCUUUACUACAAGCAAAAGAGAAAACACAGCAAUCUCUGGCAGCCAUUGUAGAUUCUCUGAAACUAGAUGAGAUUCAGCCAUACAGUUCAGAGAGAGCAAAUCCAUAUUUUGAAUACUUGCACAUAAGGAAAAAAAUUGAAGAAAAGCGCAAAUUAUUGUGUAGUGUUAUUCCUCAAGCACCUCAGUAUUAUGAUGAAUAUGUAACAUUUAAUGGAUCAUACCUCCUGGAUGGAAACCCCUUAAGCAAGAUUUGUAUUCCCACAAUUACACCACCACCUUCUCUGUCAGAUCCACUUAAAGAGCUUUUUCGGCAACAGGAAGUUGUAAGAAUGAAACUACGUUUGCAACACAGUAUUGAAAGGGAAAAACUUAUUGUAUCCAAUGAACAGGAAGUUUUACGUGUUCAUUAUAGAGCUGCAAGAACAUUGGCAAAUCAGACACUGCCAUUUAGUGCUUGUACUGUCUUACUGGAUGCAGAAGUAUAUAAUGUACCAUUGGACUCUCAGUCUGAUGACAGUAAGACUUCUGUGAGAGAUCGCUUUAAUGCAAGACAGUUCAUGUCUUGGUUACAGGAUGUGGAUGAUAAAUUUGACAAAUUAAAGACCUGUCUUUUAAUGAGGCAACAACAUGAAGCUGCAGCUUUAAAUGCUGUCCAGAGAUUAGAAUGGCAGCUCAAACUCCAGGAACUUGAUCCUGCCACCUAUAAAUCUAUCAGCAUUUAUGAAAUUCAGGAGUUUUAUGUUCCCCUUGUUGAUGUUAAUGACGACUUUGAAUUGACUCCUAUAUAGCAGUUAUAACAUCUUGAUGGUGUUUUUCUAAACUGAUAAUGCUCAAGCAUUAUACUGUGGAAAUACUGCCUUUGACAAAAUACUGAACUAUGCCUUUACAGUUGUUAGUAAAAUUGGAUUAAAGUUGGUUAUGUAGUAAACACUGUCAUUUUAUAAAAAUGAGAAAUAUUUUGGAUCCUAGGUCCAAACACAGUUUCUAACAGAAAACUAUUAUUUAUAUUGAAGAAAGGUAACUAUUGGAUAGAGCACGUUGGCAGACUGUAGUAGUUAUUUAAAAAGUUGAGAAUCUGCUAACAGCGCUGGAAGUUGUUAGCACUCUUAAGUAACAAGAUAACCACUAGUAUUCAAAUCUCUUUCAGGUUUUAUUAAAAAUUUAUCAGUAAACUAAAAGGUUCCAUUCCUACCAAAUAGUUUCUAAUGUGGAAGAAAACUUGGCACAAAAUUUCUUCAGUUUAUUAUAUCUGUAAAUUAAUUGUAUAGUUUUCUUUUUGAAAGUUUUAAUAUUGUCUUCCUUUUUAAUAACUUAUUUUAUACAUAUUGUGCAGAUGUACAUCUUGUAAUUAAUGGUCAAAAUGUAUACAAAGGGAUUGGUAGUCAAAACAUGUACAAAGAAAUAACUGUAAAACUGUUUUGUCUAAUGCUUUAUUGGACCAAAGUUGUAGUUUGUAUGGAGUGUACUAGCAGUGUGUUCAAGUAGUAAAUCUUUAAAUAAGGCAUGCAUGUGUUUGAGUUAGCUUGUUUUCAUCACCAUAACUGUAAAGAUUGUGACUUAAUUGUAUUGCAUGCUUCCUAUAAUUUAACUCUGUCCAUAACUGAUGCCUGGAACAGUGUGAGGCGUUUCAUACUCGUCUCUUGUGGUAGAACCUGUGACUUACAGUGUUGGACACAUUAUUUAGAAUUAGUCAAAUGAAGAAACUCAGCUCUUUUUUCAUCUCACAGUAGAGCCUAUUUCCUGCUGGAACAACAAAUAUGCCUUUGAAUGAAAAUUCUGAAAUUGUAAAUGUCUAUUUUAAUACUCAACUAUGAAAGAAUCUGUGAAUAUAUGUAAAUAUGUUUAAUAAAUUUUAUUGGUCAUGUUAAAUCAUUGUAAAACUUUUUUACAUUGCUUAAAUUUAAUGUUUUAAGCUUAAUAACCUUUGCACUUUUAAAAUAAAAACUGAGUACUUAAAAAAGAGAUAUUGCUAGUCAAAAUAAGUAAAAGCUUCUUAGGAAUAUUCCAAUUGAUCUCUGAAAUGUUUAUGAAAGAUGAAUAUGUAUUUUUCCUUGUGUAUCAAGAUGCAAAACAUAAUUUGCAAAAUUUUAUAAUUGAAAUUAGAUUUGGUAUGCUGUUUUAUAAUAAAAUAAAUAGCAAUAUACUUAGAAAAAUCCAGUUUCUCCUAUAACAUAUAGAUUAAAUAUUCAGGACUAUUUCAGAUCUAAAAUCUACUGCUGAACUUCGAAAACAUUUUUGAAAGGAAAAUUAAUGUAAAAUUCAUAAGUAUCUGAGAUGAAAUUUAUGAAACUUUCCACAGUAUUUUCUUGAUUUAUAAAAUAAUGCUGGAUGUUUUCUGAUCAAGUAAAAAGAAAAUAAGAGGAAUGAAGGUGGUUUAAAUUCAACUUGCAAGUUGGAAAUGACAGCUAUUGGGAGAGAAUGUAAAGUUUUUGAGUGCAAAGGUACAUAUUAAGCUUAGGGAUUUUUGAAUUUUUACAUCAGUUUAUAUUUUCAUUCUUACUGUACUUAGCAUGCGCAAUAAAGCAGCACGUGUAAAAAAAUACACAGUGCAAGGACUUUAUUAUAAAGGUUGGAUAUAGUUUGUUUUCUUUAGAAAUUUAGGUGAGCGAUUUUGGCCUUUUUUAUUGAAUAAAUCAGGCCAGAAAGGCAGGGUAGAUUUUGAAGCACUGGUUUUGUUGAAGUUAAGUUUAUUAAGGCUGGGAACAUUAAAAGCUAAUUUAUAAAAGCAAUACUUUUUAAUAGGAAAAACUUACUGCAAACUUUGUUUAUAUUUUCACCUCAAAAGAAAAUUUGAUGGGAUCAUGUGGCAAGUCAUAAAAUAUAAACCCAGAUUAGUAAGCAUUGAAGUUAUAGAAAAUAAAAGGAAUAAAUUUAUAGAGCAUUUUGUUCUGAUGGCCCAGAUAGAGAAAGGAUGGGGGGAAAUUUCACUGGCCAAACAGAACAAGAUGUAGAAGAAAAAAGCAAGCAAUCAGGAAUCUGGCAAGUUUCAGUCAUCCCAGCUUUUUAAUCUUAACCACAGUACUCCCCCUUUCAAUGGUACCUCAAAAAGCUGGAGCCUCUGCCGUGAUUCUACUACAGAUUUUCUCUGUAAGGUGACUAAAAGCUCAUCAGGAUAGCUUAAAAGAAAAAACAUUACUGCCUUCUCAUUGGAAAUUUAUAAUCAAGUAAGUAGUUAAGGGCUCUUGAUAUUAAAGAUAUUCUGAAGCUCCGAAGUACUAGAAAAAUACUUGGAAUGGGGUAUAUACCUAAAAAGGUUCUGGAUUCUGAAAGAAAAAUAAAUGAUGGUUAAUUUAAUCAGUGAUUCUUUUUAAACUAUUCAAAUAUCAUGAACAAGAUACUAAAUUGUACCUAAGGAUUUGUAUUUCUUUUAAAUCUUGUUCUAAAUCAUAUCUGUUUAAUAAAUGACUAGUUGAUAUUUGUGCAUGUUAUUUAAUAAAGAGUUAUAUUUUUAUAGAAAAAGUGGAAUGUGUGCUAAAUGUUUUUACUUAAUUUUUUAGUCUCAUAUAACCGUAAGCCAGUCACCAAUGUUUACUUGGGCUGCUGGUAAGAUUGCAGAAAUAUUCAUCCUGGGGCUGGGGAGAUAGCUCAGCUGGUAGAGUGCUUGCCUCGCAAUCGCAAGGGAGAAAAAAAUCAUCUUGGGAAAACAGCCUCUGAAGAACUAGCCUUUCAAGUUCAAAUCUAUUCAAUAAUGAGAAGUCUCACAAAUGAUUUUUUUAGUAGAUAUGGUGCAAAUCUUAUAACUGCAAAAAUCUCAAGCAAAGAACCCCAGGAAGCUCAUUUUAAUGGGACUUAAGGAUUAUAUUCUAGAAACUGAGUACAGAGAAACUUAGUAUUUUAUUUUCCAGAAAGCAAUCUGUUUUAUUCUCUCUCAUAUUCUGACACUUAAAAACCUUAAUUUUUAUAUAGAGGAAAUUGAUUAAAAAUUCUGACAUAGUCAUUAUCUUUUUAUGUUUAAAAAAAGCAUUUUUACCUCUUUAAAAAAAUAAUUUUCAAACAUUUAAGGCAAAGAGAUACUUACCUUUGGAAAAACUUGUGUCAAGUUUAGUGAUUAAAAAUUGUAUUUCAUUGAUUUCUAAUGGCUUCUUUGAAAUCUUCCUUGUACCUAAAAUAGAGUUUUAAAACCCUAUGAAAUGUCACCCAGAAUGUUUCGAGUCAUGGAAAACCAGGAUUCAUGAAAGAAACUGAGGCAAAUAAAAUGUAAACAAUUGCAUUAAUCCAAAUGACUAAACAAAAAUAAUAUAUUAGCCUUUACUAAAGCAAGUGUAACUAGAAAGAUUGCCUUUUUCUGGUGAUUAAGUAUAGUAUCUACAGAUAAUAUAAUUGCUUUGUACAUGUGCCAUAUUGCUAUUAGAGAAUUUUCUUUCACCUGACGAUAAACAGAUUUACUCACAUGGGGAAUCAGUUUUAUUACUCAGCAAUGUAUUACUCAGCAAUCUAAGAAAUACGUAAAGCACAUUUAUUUGUUAAUGAGUUUUCAAAUGUAUUUUUUUAAAAUCUGGAUGCUAUAUCCAAAUAUCCAACUAGAACUAGAUAAAAACGUCUUAGGUAGCUAUUUUUUCCUCACUUUUUAAUGCUGCUGUUAAUAUGUAUGAGACAUAUCUAGCAUAUGUUUACAGGUUGAAAAGUACCACUGUAAUAGAUUACUUAAACAGAACAUUUGUAAUUUCCUCCUCUUUAAUAGUUAUAAUUUAUAUUCAGUAAUACCCAGAUCUUAGGUAAGCAGUUUGAUAAAUGCUUGACAAAUCUUCAUGUCACCCUGACCCAAAUCAAGAUGAUAUAAAGCAUUUCCAUUACUCCAAAAAGUUUCCUCAUGUUUCAAUCAAUACUCCCUAGCCCACAGGCAACCACUGGAAUGAUUCCCAUCACCAUGUGUUAGUUGGACCUAGUUUGAAUCUCACAGAAAUGGAAUCUGACAUAUACUACUGUAUCUGCCUUCUUUCUCAACAAGAUUUUUUAAAUUCAUCCAUGUUGUAUAUAUCAGUAAUUAGUAAUUUAUUAAUAGUAUAUUGUACAAAUUUGUUUAUUUGCCUGUUGAUAGUAUUUGGAUUGUUUACAGUU